CAUUAAAAAAAAAAAAAAAACAAACUUCACCGGCCAUGGCCAUGGCAGCGUCCUCACUCUCGAUCUCGCUGCGCUGCCCCGCACCUACUAUAAAUACCCCUUUUCUUCAGACCCUUCCUGCACUCAACCCUCUCGUCUCGCUCUUCCUUCCACGGAAGAACACAAGCACAAAUUAUCUAUUCGAUCACACAUUUCCUGCUCCCAAUCGAAUCCUCGCAUACAAGACUGGUCGAUUAGAAAAACGCGAAGGAGAAGAAACCAGUGAGAAGAAGGAAUCAGCGAUGACGAUCAAGCCGGCGGUUAGAAUCGCAGAGCGGAAGCUGGUGGUGAAGGACCGUACUAUCCUCACCGACGUUCCGGAGAACGUGAUCGCCGCCUCCGCGGCGGCGACGGGGCCUGCGGAGGGCGUGUUUCUCGGCGCGGUGUUCGCCGGCGACGGCAGCCGCCACGUGGUGUCGCUGGGGACUCUCCGUGACGUCAGAUUCCUGUCCUGCUUUCGAUUCAAGCUAUGGUGGAUGGCUCAGAAAAUGGGCGACAAUGGCCGCGACAUCCCCCUCGAGACGCAGUUCUUACUCCUCGAAACCAAAGACGGAUCUCAGCUCGAGUCCGAAAUCGACGGCCACGAUGACACCAAAAUAGUCUACACCGUUUUCCUGCCGUUGAUCGAAGGCCCCUUCAAGGCCUGCCUUCAGGGCAACGCCGGCGACGAGCUCGAGCUCUGCCUGGAGAGCGGAGACAUCUCAGCCGUCGGAUCGGUGUUCAAUCAUGCGGUCUACAUCACCUCUGGAUUGGAUCCUUACCAAACAGUGCACGACGCCAUUAAAGCUGUUAAAACGCACCUCGGCACUUUCCGGAUGCGGCACGAGAAGAAGCUCCCCGGCAUCGUCGACUACUUCGGGUGGUGCACUUGGGACGCCUUCUACCAAGACGUCACGCAGGAGGGCGUCGAAUCCGGCCUCGAAAGCCUUGAAUCCGUCGGGACGCCCCCGAAAUUCGUGAUCAUCGACGACGGAUGGCAGUCCGUCGAAUCCGACACCGACCAGCCCGUCGAGAAGCCGAAAGACGAGCAGAACCUCGGCCAGCCGCAGCUGCUGCGCCUCACUGGAUUGAAGGAAAACGACAAAUUCCGAAACGAGUCGACCGGGAUCAAGAACAUAGUGAACAUCGCGAAAGAGAAGCACGGGCUGAAGUACGUUUACGUCUGGCACGCAAUCACCGGAUAUUGGGGCGGCGUUCAACCCGAUGUGAAGGAGAUGGAGGAGUUCCGGCCGGCUAUGCAGUUUCCAGAGGUGUCGAAGGGCGUCCUGGCGAACGAGCCCGGAUGGAAAACCGACGCCAUUGCUCUACAGGGGUUGGGAUUAGUAAACCCGAAAAAUGUAUACAAGUUUUACAAUGAGUUGCACAGUUACUUGGCGUCUGCCGGGAUCGACGGAGUCAAGGUCGACGUGCAGUGCAUUUUGGAGACACUUGGGGCCGGGCUCGGAGGCAGAGUCGAGUUGACGCGGCAGUAUCAUCAGGCGCUCGACGCUUCCGUUGCGAGGAACUUUCCGGACAACGGUUGCAUCGCUUGUAUGAGCCACAACCUCGAGUCGCUCUAUUGCUCUAAACAGACGGCGAUCGUGAGGGCGUCCGACGACUUCUACCCGAGGGAUCCGGUGUCGCACACGAUCCAUAUCGCUUCCGUCGCUUACAACAGCGUGUUUUUGGGAGAAAUAAUGUUGCCCGAUUGGGACAUGUUCCAUUCUCUCCAUCCGGCCGCCGAGUACCACGGCUCCGCCAGGGCGAUCAGCGGCGGCCCUGUCUACGUCAGCGACGCACCGGGGAAGCACAACUUCGAGAUUUUGAAGAAACUGGUGCUUCCGGAUGGUUCGAUUCUCCGCGCCACUUUACCCGGCCGGCCGACUAAAGAUUGCCUGUUCUCCGACCCUGCUCGGGACGGCGUUAGCCUAUUGAAGAUAUGGAACAUGAACAAGCACACGGGAGUUCUCGGCGUGUACAACUGCCAAGGCGCGGCGUGGAACGACGUCGAGAGACGGAACACUUUCCACCAGACGAAAUCCGAUGCAAUUACCGGCUACGUAAGGGGCCGCGACGUCCAUCUCAUUUCCACCGUUGCCGUCGACCCGGACUGGGAUGGAUCCGUCGCUCUGUACUCACACCGGACCGGCGAGGUCAUCACGCUCCCGCACAACGUCGCCAUGCCCGUCUCCCUCAAGGUCCUGGAGCACGAAAUAUUCACCGUCACGCCAGUUAAGUCGUUGGCGCCCGGGUUCGAAUUCGCCCCGUUCGGGCUCAUCAAUAUGUUCAAUGCCGGGGGAGCCGUAGAAGGGCUCAAGUAUGAAGUGAAGGCCGGGGGACGGUUGUCGGAGGCGGAGAACGGGUACAGGAUCGACGGGAACGGCGACGGAGUGGGCGUCGAGAACGCGAGCGCCGACCCGGUCGCGAUUGUUUUGAUUGAAGUGAAGGGUUGUGGGGUUUUCGGUGCUUACUCGUCGGCAGAGCCGAGAAAGUGUACGGUGGGGUCGGUCGAGGUCGAGUUCGGAUACGACGCGGCGACGCGGCUGGCGACGGUGAAGUUGGAGAAGAUGCCGGAGGAUGGGAGGGUUCACAAGAUUGAAAUGGAGUUGUGAUGGGUUUAUUACGAGUCGUAGCCGCUACUCUUUGAGUUCAAUUAUUACGAGUUUAUGACAGAACAACUGUCGGCAGCCGCUGCUCUUGGAGUGCAAUUAUUACGACUUUAAUUAUUACAUUAUGGAGUGAAUGAAGAGAGAAUUCGAGAUUUGUUGUGUGAAAGAAGAUGAUGAUGAAGAAGCAGCAUAAAUUAAUGAUGUGAAUUUUUGUUGCUACUAUUGAGAAUGAUGAUAGUUUAUUGUAGGUAUGUUUGUAUGAUAUGUAGUAGAAGAAAAAAAAAAAAAAAAAAAAAAAACAUAAUAAAAA